AGUUUAGAUGAACUAAGGCAAAACGUUUUGUGGGGAGGGUAGAUUAUCGAUAUAUAUGUUUGAACAUUUGCAGAUGGUUAGGUAUAAAUUGGUAGUUGAUACAUCUCUCCUCCACAGUUUGAAAGUGCAGUUUUGAAUCCACCAUGCAGUUACUGAUAACCAUCUCAGCAUUCAUAUUGUGCGCAACUGCGUUACCUCAGUACAGACCCAGGCCUGUACCUAGACCUGUUCCUGGACCAAUUCAGCCAGGCAGGAUCAUUGCCAUAUUGAAACAAUCACAAGAUGUCAAUGUGGAUGGAUCUUAUCAGUGGAAUUACGAAACUGAAAAUGGCAUCCAAGCUGAAGAACGUGGUGCCCUGAAAGCAGGAUCUCCAGAUCCAAUUCUGGAAGCAACAGGUGGAUUCUCAUACACUGCUGAUGACGGUACCCCAAUCCAGCUCCAAUACAUCGCCAAUGAGAAUGGUUUCCAACCACAAGGAGCCCAUCUUCCAACUCCACCACCAAUCCCUGCCGCCAUUUUGAGGUCUUUGGAGUACAACGCUGCUCACCCUGAAGAGGACGAAGGAAACGCUCCAAGACCAGGAAGAUUCGGUUGAGAAUUUUUGGCGAUUAUUGUUAUUCGGGUUUUCUCAGAUGUACAAGAUUUCUAGUUUAAUUAUACUGACCUCUGCUGCUUUCAUACGAAUAUUUACAGAUUUAGUGGAUGUUUUAUAAUGUUAUUGUGUACCUAUAUGUAUGAUUUUUAUCAAUGUGAUUUUAUAGCAAUAAAUGUUAUGUGAUCAAUUAAA